AUGGUUUUCAUCACAUCAAUCGUUAAGGUCGCGGCUCUUGCCGGGCUUCUCGCUCCAACAGUCCUUGCUACUUUACCAGAAGCUUUGGUCGUCAAACGUCAAGAUGAGGAUAACGCUGUCGGUACCAAUUCCUACAACUGUCACGACAACUGCGGUGAGGCUAUCCUCGAGUCAGAAAUCGAUGGUUUCUGCAACACCACAAUUUUCUCCACCGACUACGCUGCCUGUCUCCAAUGCUCCGGCGAGGAUAACGAGGACAUAUGGCAAUACUAUGGUCCAUAUUUGACUGUUGCUGCUGUGGAGUGUGGAUCUUCUACUGUACCAUUGACCGGAACUCAAGCCGACGUUACCACUGCCAUGCUUGCUCAAAACGUCACUACAACCGCCAGCGGCGCUACUACAACUGUUGCCAGCAACUCCGCAACAACAACUGCCGCAGCUUCUACUUCUGGAUCAGCUUCUAGCUCUGAAUCAACUGCUAGCUCCGGAUCAGCUUCUAGCAGCACUGCCACUGGAUCUUCUGCUUCGGCUACCUCUACCAGUGGUGCAAUCCAACAAAUCAAUGCAGCCAGCGGUUUCCUCAUCGGUGGUGUCAGUAUCCUCGUUGCCGCUGCUGUCGCCAACUUGGCUUAA